GUUUCCUUCAUAUUGUAGGUGGUGACCUAGACAGGAAGGGGAGAGAAAUGGCGCAUAGAAUCUUGAGAGACCAUGAGGCCGAUGGAUGGGAACGCUCCGAUUUCCCAAUCAUCUGCGAGUCUUGUCUCGGAGACAAUCCCUACGUGCGAAUGACCCGGGCAGAUUAUGACAAGGAAUGCAAGAUAUGUACCAGGCCAUUUACAGUUUUUAGGUGGCGCCCUGGUCGGGAUGCCAGAUACAAGAAAACUGAGAUUUGCCAAACUUGCUCCAAGCUGAAAAAUGUAUGCCAAGUUUGUCUUCUGGAUCUCGAGUAUGGUCUGCCGGUUCAGGUCCGAGACACGGCACUCAACAUUAGCUCUCAUGAUUCUAUCCCGCGAAGUGAUGUGAACAAGGAGUAUUUUGCUGAAGAGCACGACCGCAAGACUAGAGCUGGACUUGAUUAUGAAUCUUCUUACGGGAAGAUUCGACCAAAUGAUACUAUUAUGAAGCUCCAAAGAACAACACCAUAUUACAAAAGAAACCGAGCCCAUAUUUGUAGUUUCUACAUUAGAGGUGAGUGUACCAGAGGUGCUGAGUGUCCAUAUCGGCAUGAGAUGCCUGAGACAGGAGAGUUAUCCCAGCAGAACAUAAAAGACCGUUACUAUGGUGUGAACGAUCCAGUGGCGUUAAAGUUGUUGGGCAAGGCUGGUGAGAUGGGAACUUUGGAAGCCCCAGAAGACGAAAGCAUCAAAACACUCUACGUGGGAGGACUUAACUCAAGAAUCCUCGAGCAAGAUAUAAGAGACCAAUUCUAUGCCUAUGGAGAGAUCGAAUCAAUCAGAAUCUUGCCGGAAAAAGCAUGUGCUUUUGUAACAUAUACAACCCGAGAAGGAGCGGAGAAGGCGACAGAAGAGCUCUGCAACAAGCUCGUCGUCAAUGGACAAAGGCUAAAACUCACAUGGGGUAGGCCUCAAGUUCCCAAAACAGAACCCGAAGGAUCGGACCAAGCAGCAAAACAACAGGGCAUUGUCUCUCACGGCGGGAUGCUACCCCGAGCCGUUAUAUCCCAGCAGCAGAAUCAGCCCCCACCGCCAAUGCCAUAUUAUAUGCAUCCUCCUCCUCCGACCCACCAAGAUAGACCCUACUAUCCAUCUAUGGACCCACAGAGAAUGGGAGCCCUUAUUCCAUCUCAAGACGGAAGUUCAAGUUCAAGCGGCGGUGAGAACAGAGGAGCUUUGUCCUCUCAUCCGAUGCCAAUGUCAAUGCCACCACCACCGCACGGGCAUUUCCGGUACCCUCCACCUCCUUUCGGGUAUAUGCCACUGCCUUACCAGCAGUACCCACCUUACCAUCAUCACCCUGGCCCGAUGGCUCAUCACGGUCCGCCACCAGGUGCUCAGCCGUACCCUCAGCAUCCCGGCCUCGGACCCCGACCAGGACCAGGACCAAGGCCUGCACCACCACAAAGCUCGGCCAGUGCACAGCCUCAGCCAGACUCUGCGCCUGCUCAGUCCAUGGCUUCUGGUUCCGGUUCAGCUUCAUCCACGCAGCAAGAGGCUGCUGUGUCGGGUUUGUUGCAGUAGACAACUUAUUGAUAUCGAACCUGUUUCUCUGCUAAUAUGCUCCCCCCUCAGUUUCGCCAGUUGCCUGACGCUCUUUUGUUUUCUUUUUUUCUUUCCUCUAAAAAAACGUUUUUUGUUUCUUCUUCAACAUUUUUUUGUAUUUCAUUUUGCCUCAUUCUAAUGAAAUUGUGAAAGAAAAAGAACCAAGCUAAGGGGUGGAGAGGUUUACCAAUA